AUGGUGAUAUCUAACAUAGCGAUGGGGUCGGUGAAUGCACUUGUGAAGAAAGCUCUUGAUGUUGGUGUGAACCAUAUGGUCGUUGGUGCUUAUCGAAUGGCUAUUUCCGCUCUCAUUCUAGCUCCAUUCGCCUAUAUCUUGGACAGGAAAACAAGACCGAAGCUAACGUUUAGGCUAUUCAUCGAUCACUUCUUCAGUGGCCUGCUCGGGGCAAGUUUGAUGCAAUUUUUCUUUUUGCUUGGUCUGUCGUAUACGUCAGCGACUGUUUCGUGUGCUGUGGCAAGCAUGAUGCCUGCAGUCACCUUCGCUUUGGCCCUUAUUUUCAGGACGGAAAGUGUAAAAAAUCUAAAGACCAAAGGAGGAAUGUUGAAGGUGCUGGGAACUCUAAUAUGCAUAAGUGGCGCUUUGUUCUUAUCAUUCUACAAAGGCCCUCAAAUAUCAAACAUUCACUCUCACAGAGAGGCUAUUCACCACAACAACAACGAUGGAGACAAAACCAAGAACUGGCUUCUUGGAUGUCUUUACUUAUUUAUAGGAACCACGUUGCUGUCUCUGUGGAUGUUGUUUCAAGGGACUUUAAGCAUUAAGUACCCUUGCAAAUACUCGAGCACCUGUCUCAUGUCGGUUUUUGCAGGGUUCCAAUGUGCUCUAUUGAGCCUUUACAAGGGCAUAGACGUUAAUGACUGGGUUAUCGAUGACAAAUUCGUGAUUAUUGUCGUCGUAUACGCUGGAGUGGUAGGGCAGGCCAUGUCGACUGUAGCAACAACAUGGGGAGUAAAGAAAUUAGGAGCUGUUUUCGCAUCAACGUUUAGUCCAAUUGGUCUUAUAUCAGCUACUCUAUUCGAUUUCCUCAUCUUACACACUCCUUUAUACCUCGGCAGUGUAAUUGGAUCAGUAGUGGCAGUAAUGGGUCUCUACGUGUUCUUGUGGGGUAAGAAGAACGAAAAGGAAGCAUCAACGGCAUUGCCUCCUCGGAUGGAUAAGGAAGCAUCAACUAAUUGUCCUAAUGUCUAAGGAGAGAGAAUAAGACAUGGACUAUAUUUAUCUGAAGUCUAAAGCUACAAACAUCAACGUAAAGAGUUGUAAAAUACUGUAUUA